UCAGUAAAAAAAUUGAUAAAUUGAUAACCUUUAGAAUUUGUAAAGAUUUAAUCAAUUACUGAAAACCAGUGAGUUUAUUAAUGAAAUUUAAGUUCGUUAGUACAAAUAUUAAUCUUGAAAUAGAACCAUUCAUCUCGUGAAUAAUAAUUAUCCAAAUAAACAAAAUGGUUAUAAUCGAGACUUUUAAAAAUGGUGUGAAAACUAUAAAAGUGAAUCGUCCUUGGAAGAAAAAUGCUUUCAAUAUGGAAGUUUAUAAAACUUUAACAACGAUUUUAAAUAAAGACGCUAAUAAUGACAAAAUUGCAGUGACAUUACUGACAGCAGUUGGAGACUAUUUUUCUAGCGGUAAUGACAUGUCGACUUCUAUGCAAGACCCUGAUAUCGCUAUGAAAGCUGUAGAAGAUAUGGUAGAAGCAUUCAUCAAUUACCCUAAACUACUUAUUUGUAUUGUAAAUGGAACGGCAAUUGGAAUUGGAGCUACUUUAGUUACUUUGUGUGAUAUUGUUUAUGCCAGUGAUCGAGCUGUUUUUGACACUCCAUUUUUAAAACUAGGGUUAUGCGUAGAAGGAACCUCAAGUUUUAGUUAUCCGUUUAUCUUAGGUAGAAGUGUGGCUUCCGAAGUCCUUUUUUUGAAUCGGAAAUUAACUGCACAAGAAGCAUGCAAUUAUGGUUUGGUUUCUAGAGUUAUCCCUCAUUCUGAGUUGGAUGAGUUUAUAAAAGAUUUACAUAAAUACGGAACCUUAUCUGUUGAUAAUAUUAAGAGAAAUAAAGCAGCUAUAAUGGAGAAUUUCAAGAAGAUUUACAGUGAUUGUAACAAAAGGGAAUUUGAGGUUUUGAAAGAGUGCAUUAAUUCUGAAGACUUUUCUAUUGCAGUUCAAAAAUUUUUGAUGAGGAAAAGUAAAUUGUAAAAUACAUUUUAUUAAACACAUAUAAUUAGGUACGGUGGUGUAAAUAUUCAUUUGUUAAGUUAUCUAACACUUUUUAAUAAAGAAUUAAUAAAAAAAAUAUUUAUGACAAAA